UUCCCGCCUUUUCCCCUCAAAGCUCAGAAGCACGAGGACCCGCAGUCCCCAUUACCCAAUCUUUACCCAGCUUUAGUGCUGGCCAAAGUCUCCCAGUUGCUAGGGGCAACAGUGGGGCCGAGAACUGCGAGGCCCGGCGAAGGGAGUUGUCAUGGUAUCCGCUCCUCCUCUUUCCCCUCCACCUUAGGCACCGCCCCGCCUCCGCACCACUCGGCGCCGGCGCCUACGCAAUACGCUGGGGUAAAAGCCAGGCUCCACCUGGCGGAAAGGGGGUGGGGCUGGGGUCCGGUGGCAGAGGGGGAGGGGAGGGGGAGGGGGAAGAAAGGGGGGGCGGAGGAGAGAAAAGGGAAAGAGAGGAAGCGAACGGAGCCGGCCCGUACGGUGGCCGAAGAGGGACGCGCUGCGCCAGAGGCUGCAGGAUGAUGCGGUUCAUGCUGCUGUUCAGCCGGCAGGGGAAGCUGCGGCUGCAGAAAUGGUACCUGGCUAUGUCAGACAAGGAGAGGAAAAAGAUGGUUCGAGAGCUUAUGCAGGUCGUCCUGGCCAGAAAGCCCAAGAUGUGCAGCUUCCUGGAGUGGAGAGACCUCAAAGUUGUCUAUAAGAGAUAUGCCAGCCUCUACUUCUGCUGUGCCAUUGAGGGCCAAGACAAUGAGCUCAUCACAUUGGAACUGAUCCACCGAUAUGUGGAGCUCCUGGACAAAUAUUUUGGCAGUGUAUGUGAACUUGACAUCAUCUUCAACUUUGAGAAAGCCUACUUUAUCUUGGAUGAAUUUCUGAUGGGUGGUGAUGUCCAGGAUACCUCGAAGAAGAGUGUGCUAAAGGCUAUAGAGCAAGCAGAUCUACUACAGGAGGAAGAUGAGUCACCUCGAAGUGUCCUGGAGGAGAUGGGUUUGGCAUAGCUUCCCACCUCAGUUGGAAAUACAUUGCAGUGUUGCCAUGUCAUGGCAGGCAUGAAUGGUUGCUUCAGACUCCACACACAUUCAGAUCCCCUUUCCCUUUGGAAUACUCUUCCCCUGCUCUCUCUUUUUUUCUCUUAGAGAGAGCUAUGGACUGGGAUCCUUCAAACAUUCCUUCUUUCCCUUACUCCCAUCACUCCCUGUUCCUUUACUUUUUCCAUUUGAUGUCUGAGAAACUGGAUGGGUAGAGAAAGACUAUGACCAAGAAGAAAAGUGUGAUAAUGAAUGUCUCUCUCUUUUCCCAUCCUGAGAACUGACUUCAUCCAAAUCCUACUCCCUUCUCACGUACACUGUAAAUAUAUAAAUAUGUCAGGUUAAAAGGAAAUUGUUUUCAGCUCUCCACCUUCCCAAAGAAAAAUUACAUACCUCCAUUUCCUCCCCCUCCCUACUCCAAUCAGCCAGACUUUCAUCCUUUCCUGAGGAAAGGGAUCUUUAGUAUAUUAAGGAGGGGUGUCUCCUUAUAUCUCUCUCCCCUCCCCCUCUCAGGGUGGGUUUGAACUUUAGAGAAGAACAUAUCCAAUUUAAAAAAUCUUAUGACUUUGAGGGAAGGGAUACAGGAAGGUUUGAGUCUAUUGGGAAUUUAGUAGAACCCCAAACUCAAAUUUGGGGGUAGGGAGGGAAGAAGGAUGUUUGUCUGUUUCCUUUCUUCCUGAAAUAAAAGGAAUAUCAUUUCUGGAA